CAUCAUUGGGACUCGGUGUAGCUGGGAAGGCGACUUCUGGUGGACAGCCUACUCCUACAUGUAGACAGAGAGGUCGCAGAGAAGAAACUCGUCGCUUCACGUUGUUCUCAGACUCAAUGUAGCUUCACUUGACAAUGUCAACGUUUCAUCGUUAAAAGAAAGGGAAAUUAUGACUGCAAACAUAUGGGUGCGGCAUACUAUAAAUGAAAAGGUUUCGCUCUGCCGGAGGUCGUACGUAUUUUUGCCUUUUGUAUUUCCUUGCUGAAUGUCGUGGACAUUUUGGAUUUUUUUAAUGCUCUGUGUCAUUAAGUCUUACCGAUUAAGGAACAUUUGUUUCUCCUGUAUUCACGUUUCGCUUAGUUAAUUCGAGGUAGGUAAAUACUUUAGAGUGUAAAAACAACUGGAGACGACAUCGUUAAACAACUUGAGCACAGCUUGCUGAGGAGAAUGUGCGUACUGGGCCAGCUUCGAGUUGCUCUUUAAGGGGCCAACGUUAGCUAGCUGCUAACACUAGCACACCCCUAUUAAACUACCGUCAAGCAAAGCUGUAAGACUGGUGCCCACGUCUCGACUCAAUUCUUUGGACAUUAGCAUCCUGCCCAUAACCUGGACAUCAUCAAAUGAGACGGUGACUCGAGAGUAAUCCAGACACUGUAAACAAAUUGUUGGUGUUGGUGACAUCCACUGGGAUCCAGGUGCUUGAGUCCUAAAUGACAAGUGCCUGAGGAUGUCCAAGCGGAGCUUGUUUGUUCGCCUGGUGCCGUGCCGCUGCUUGCGGGGUGAGGAGGAGGCAGUAACAUCGCUGGACUACUCCCACUGCAGCCUGGAGACUGUUCCUAAGGAGAUCUUUAGCUUUGAGAAGACCCUGCAGGAACUUUAUCUCGAUGCCAACCAGAUCGAGGAGCUGCCUAAACAACUGUUUAACUGCCAGUUACUCCACCGACUGAGCAUGCCAGAUAAUGACCUAACAGUGUUGCCAACAGCGAUCGCAAACCUCAUCAAUCUCAGGGAGCUCGAUGUCAGCAAAAACAGUAUCCAGGAGUUUCCGGAAAACAUCAAGAAUUGCAAAGUCCUAGCUAUUGUAGAAGCCAGUGUGAAUCCCAUAUCCAAGCUCCCGGAUGGUUUUACCCAGCUCCUAAGUCUGACGCAGCUCUACCUGAAUGAUGCCUUCCUGGAGUUCUUACCAGCCAGCUUCGGCAGGUUAACUAAACUACAGAUCUUGGAGCUGAGGGAAAACCAGUUAAAGAUGUUGCCAAAAAGCAUGCAGAAGCUCACACAGUUGGAGAGGUUGGACCUGGGGAGUAAUGAGUUCACUGAAGUGCCUGAGGUGUUGGAGCAGCUGACUGGAGUCAAGGAGCUAUGGCUAGAUGGGAACAGACUGACGUUUUUACCUGGGAUGCUUGGGACGCUAAAACAGCUGGUAUACCUGGAUGUGUCCAAAAACAAUCUGGAGAUGGUAGAUGAGCAAAUCUGUGGCUGUGAGAGUCUGCAGGACCUUCUGCUCUCCAACAAUGCCCUCACACAGCUGCCAGGCUCCAUCGGCUCACUAAAGAAACUUACUGCACUGAAAGUGGAUGAGAACCAGUUGAUAUAUUUGCCAGACUCAGUUGGAGGACUGACAUCUCUGGAUGAGCUGGACUGUAGUUUUAAUGAGAUUGAAGCCUUGCCCUCUUCCAUUGGUCAGUGUGUCAGCAUCCGCACCUUUGCUGCAGAUCACAACUUCCUUACCGUGCUCCCCCCCGAGAUGGGCAAAUGGAAGAACGCAACUGUGCUGUUCCUACAUUCCAACAAACUGGAGUCUUUGCCUGAGGAAAUGGGUGACAUGCAGAAACUUAAGGUUAUCAAUCUUAGCAACAACAAGUUAAGGAGUCUGCCCUAUAGUUUCACUAAACUGAACCAGAUGACUGCAAUGUGGCUGUCUGAAAAUCAGUCAAAGCCCCUGAUACCUCUCCAGAAGGAGGAGGAUCCAGAGACACACAAAAUUAUGCUGACCAACUACAUGUUUCCCCAGCAAACCAGGACUGAGGACUACAUUCCCAAUUCUGACUCUGAGAGCUUUAAUCCCACUCUCUGGGAGGAGCAGCGCAAGCAUCGAGCUCAGGUGGCCUUUGAGUGUGACGAGGACAAGGACGAGAGAGAAACACCCCCAAGGGAAGGAAACCUGAAGCGCUACCCUACACCAUACCCAGACGAGUUGAAGAACAUGGUGAAGACAGCCCAGUCUGUGGCUCACAGGUUGAAGGAGGACGAGUCAAGUGACGAGUCGGGGAAAGAUGCAAAACCAAAUGAGAGGAACCACAUUGGAGUGCAGGACGUGGGAGUUAAGGUGAUUGAGCCUCCCUAUCCUAAUGGUACAGCAUCAGACAUGGACUCCCAAGUAUCUACCGACACAUUUUCCCAUAACCCAUCUGCAACAGAAACAAAAGACACUUCAGACUCUUACAGCUCUCAGACAGUACCAGUCAAAUCAUCAGGGGGCUCAAUGAUGAACCAUGAAGACACCCUGGAGGAUUCUGAGGAGCUGUCUGACGAAGAGGAGAUGAAAAUGGCAGAGAUGAGACCCCCUCUUAUUGAGAUCUCUAUCAACCAGCCUAAAGUGGUGACUUUAAGUAAGGACAAAAAAGAUGAUGCCGACUCAUUGCUGGAUGAAACAGUUGCCAACAGCAACCAAAACAACAGUAACUGUUCGUCGCCAUCACGCAUGUCUGACUCAGUAUCUCUGACUACAGACAGCAGUCAGGACAAUUCUCUGUGCACCCCUGAGAGGGAAGCAAAGAUGCCCUUCCUACCAAAAAGCCGGCGAGAGGAUGAGAAUAUGAACCCGCCUAAGGAUACCCUCCCUCUCCUCCAUAAUGGAAAUGGCUCUGAAACAUCCCUUCCGGCCCUUUUGAAAACCCAGCAGACUCCGCCAGAGAAAAUGGGUGACUACGACCUGUCCAUGGAAGCCAGACUGGCCUUCAUUGAGAAGGGAUUUAACAAUGGCAUGGGCGAAACCUACACCAAGUGGGACCAGAUCAAUAUGAACGUGUCCAAGUUGCCAACCGACAACAUGGUUCAGCUGGAUGAGGGGAACACAACCAAGAAUGGUUCAGUAACCCAGGAGGACUUGGACAGCAAGCAGGGUUUUAGCAAUGACAACAUGGAGCAUUUUCUGAAUGGAAACCAGCAGGUCAGUGACUGCAUCAAUAGUCUUGGGAACAAAACCCAAGCAACGAGAGUAGAGACAUCUGCUGUGCAUGUGGCCUCGACAGGCGUAACAGCCAGCAGUGACAUGUCUCUGUCUCGCAGCACAGAGGAACUGUCUCCAGACAAAAGGUGCCAUCCCCCACAGGUGGUGAAGUCUCAAAGUAUCAGCAACAUAGAAACAGGAGGCUUGAAGCUGUACUCUUUUGAUGGGGAUGAUGACUCCUUUGACUCAACAGGAAUGAGGAUUGCAGGAGCCGGGCCAGGAGCUCAGGGCCAAAGCAUAGUCCGGAGCAAGUCAGCCAGUCAGUUACUCAAUGACCAGACUCUCCAGAUCUACCCUGGCUCCUCUGCAUCUUCUUCAGACCUGCUCUCCUCCUCUAAACCACCUAGCACCAGCAGGUAUGCAGUCUCCUCCAGCAUGGCCAUGGGCAUCCCUCCUCCUCAGUAUAACAUACAGUACACGAGCAGUGCCAUGCCUAAAGAGGGCCUCUGGUCCCAGAGGACGCCCAUUCCCCCCGAGCACCAAGGUUACCUUCCUCCUCCUCCACACUCACUUGCCAACACAAACUACUCCAACCGUAAUCAAGCACCUCCUUACCCUCUACAACCCCAGCAGCGGGGGCCUCCCAUGGCUCCUAAAUCCCCUGGGGACAUGUGGACUAAGGAGAGACUUCAUUCGACGGGAGGCCAGGCUAGAAGCAGCACUCUGCAGAGGCAAAGCAGUACCACCUCCACAGCCUCCAUGGGUGACCCGAGGCGUAUACAGGUGCCUGACGGGGAAUACAUGACAUACAGGGACAUUCACACCCUCGCCAGGGGGCCGCUGGCAAUGAGCCAGGCCAUGCAGAGGCCCCUCUCAGCUCGCACUUACAGCAUUGAUGUACCCGGCGCAUCCAGGUCUCUCGGAGCUAGGCCGCAGCCACAUGAGCUUCCAGAGAGGACCAUGUCUGUCAGCGAUUUCAACUACCAGCAAAGCAGCCCCAGCAAAAGGCACAACACCAGGGUGAAGUCUGAGCACUCGCUGCUGGAUGGGCCUGGGCAGGUGUCAGGAGGAGUUGGAGCAGGAAGGGUGCCAGUUGACUGGAGAGACCAAGUGAUGCGGCACAUUGAGGCCAAGAAAAUGGAAAAGAAUGCGCUGUCUCGCUCCUAUAAUUCCAAUAACGCUCCGCUGAGCUGGUCUCACUACGGCAGCUGUAGGGAUAUGCAUGCCAGCCAAGGUUCCCUGGUCUUUAGUGCCAGGGUCGGACAGCCCUACGGAGCUCUGGGCUUCUGUGAUGAUGUGUUUCCCCAAGGGCAGCAGAGCUACACCAUGGACCCCCACAGAAAAGUGCCUUUGAUGAACGGUCAGAUGGGCCCUUCUGUUCGUGCUCAGGUGAGCCAGGCGCCCAUGGCCCGACACCCUUCCAGAGAGCAGCUCAUUGAUUACCUGAUGCUCAAAGUCUCCCAUCCACCCCAGGGGCCCCCACGCAUCCCGCAAGACACACAGCAGCAAGAGAUCCGUCUGAAAGUAGAGAAGAAUCCCGAGCUGGGUUUCAGUAUAUCAGGAGGAGUGGGAGGCCGGGGAAAUCCCUUUCGUCCAGAUGACAAUGGUAUAUUUGUGACAAGGGUUCAACCUGACGGACCGGCAUCCAUGAUUCUUCAGCCUGGCGAUAAAAUCAUUCAGGCAAAUGGCUAUAGCUUUGUGAAUAUAGAUCAUGGGUAUGCAGUGUCCCUCCUGAAGACGUUUCUGAACACUGUGGAUUUGACUAUCAUCAGAGAAGCGCAAGCAUAGACUCAACUAAGACCUCU